AGUUCCUUCUACAGAGGGCGUUCUAGAUACACAGCAAGUUAGACUAUCAGAAGUUAAUGGCUAGGGAACGGGUUGGUCUAAAUUCUAUACUUCAGAUGUGUUUUCUAGGAUUUUCUGAAGUGGACGCACUAAAGAAAUAAAGUUAAGUCUCGCGCACUUCACCCAUUAACGAUUAUUUAACAAAACGGAGCUAUGCAGAAUGCUGUAACCGGGACGGAAAUGCUGACGGACGGGUUUGAGGAUGAGAUUGACUCGGUGACUCCGCGCUCCCCACUUGGAGUUGGGGUUGAGUCUGGAGUCGGCCUCUCUGGCAAUAAGGUUCGUCUGUUCGGGGAAUCGACUGCUGGAAACGAUCGCCUUGAUUUUCGAUUGGCAGCUGCUGCUGUUCUGUCCUCCGGAACUGGCUCUGGCAGCGACGAGGACGAAGUGUCUGAAGUUGAAUCUUUCAUUUUGGACCAAGAGGACCUGGAUAAUCCAGUGCUUAAAACUGCAUCAGAGCUAUUCUUAUCAACUGCUGCAGAAGGAGCAGACUUCAGAGCUGUUGAUCCAGAAACACAAGCACGUUUAGAAGCCCUGCUAGAAGCAGCAGGAAUUGGUAAAUUAUCCACUGCCGAUGGUAAAGCCUUUGCAGAUCCCGAAGUACUUAGAAGGCUGACUUCUUCAGUGAGUUGUGCAUUGGAUGAAGCUGCUGCUGCACUGACUCGGAUGAGAGCAGACAACAAUCUUAAUACAGGACAUGUAGACAAUCGGAGUUUAGCAGAAGCCUGCUCUGAUGGAGAUGUCAACGCUGUCCGUAAACUGCUUGAUGAAGGUAGAAGUGUAAAUGAGCACACAGAGGAGGGAGAAAGUCUUCUUUGUUUGGCAUGUUCUGCUGGUUAUUAUGAAUUGGCUCAAGUUUUGCUUGCUAUGCAUGCCAAUGUUGAAGAUCGAGGAAACAAAGGUGACAUUACACCUUUAAUGGCUGCUGCCAAUGGUGGUUAUGUGGAUAUAGUAAAACUUUUACUUGUUCACUCUGCGGAUGUCAAUGCCCAGUCCUCAACAGGCAACACUGCUCUUACGUAUGCCUGUGCAGGGGGUUUUGUUGAUGUAGUAAAAGUUUUGCUGAAAGAAGGUGCCAACAUUGAAGAUCAUAAUGAAAAUGGACAUACACCCUUAAUGGAAGCUGCAAGUGCUGGUCACGUUGAAGUGGCAAAGGUUUUGUUGGAAUUUGGAGCAGGCAUUAAUACGCAUUCAAAUGAAUUCAAGGAAAGUGCACUUACUCUGGCGUGCUAUAAAGGCCAUCUAGACAUGGUUCGUUUCUUACUUGAAGCUGGUGCUGAUCAAGAACAUAAAACAGAUGAAAUGCAUACAGCAUUAAUGGAAGCCUGCAUGGAUGGACAUGUUGCGGUAGCACGUCUGCUGCUUGAUAGUGGAGCUCAAGUAAACAUGCCUGCAGAUUCAUUUGAAUCACCCCUGACAUUAGCAGCUUGUGGUGGGCAUGUAGAACUUGCUGCCCUUUUGAUUGAAAGAGGAGCUAAUCUGGAAGAAGUAAAUGAUGAAGGUUACACUCCAUUAAUGGAGGCAGCACGUGAAGGACAUGAAGAAAUGGUCGCUCUUCUUUUAGCACAAGGUGCAAAUAUAAAUGCCCAGACUGAAGAAACUCAAGAAACUGCUCUCACGUUGGCAUGUUGUGGUGGGUUUUCAGAAGUGUCUGAUUUUCUUAUCAAAGCCGGAGCUGAUAUAGAACUUGGUUGUUCUACACCUCUAAUGGAAGCUGCUCAAGAGGGGCAUCUUGAACUAGUAAAAUAUUUGUUAUCAGCAGGAGCAAAUGUGCAUGCCACAACUGCAACAGGAGAUACGGCUUUAACAUAUGCUUGUGAAAAUGGACACACAGAUGUUGCUGAUGUAUUGCUCCAGAAUUGUGCUGAUUUAGAGCACGAGUCAGAAGGUGGACGAACACCAUUAAUGAAAGCUGCUCGAGCUGGUCAUCUUUGCACUGUACAGUUUCUAAUCAGCAAAGGUGCAAAUGUGAACAGGGCUACAGCAAAUAAUGAUCACACUGUGGUAUCCCUUGCUUGUGCUGGAGGUCAUCUUGCUGUAGUUGAGCUGCUCCUAGCUCAUGGAGCAGAUCCAACCCAUCGACUGAAGGAUGGCUCUACAAUGCUUAUCGAAGCAGCAAAGGGUGGACACACAAAUGUUGUUUCCUAUUUAUUGGACUAUCCAAACAACAUUCUUGCUGUCCCUGCUACGGAUCUAUCCCAGAUGACGCCACCAUUGCAAGAUCAACCUCAAGCUCCUCGUGUACCAAUGCACGCACUGCCCAUGGUUGUGCCACCACAAGAACCUGAUAAAGCACCAGAACAUUUGUCUGUUGAAAGAGUUGCGUCCAAGCAGAAACCAAACCAUGUGCAUCCAUCAGACCAGGAUUUACGGACACCAUUUCAUCCUUAUCAGCCAUUGGAAUGUAUAGUUGAAGAAACUGAAGGUAAGCUGAAUGAACUUGGUCAACGGAUUAGUGCAAUUGAGAAGGCACAGCUUAAAUCAUUGGAACUUAUUCAAGGUGAACCUUUGAACAAAGACAAGAUAGAAGAAUUAAAAAAGAAUAGAGAGGAGCAAGUACAAAAGAAAAAGAAAAUACUAAAGGAGCUACAGAAAGUUGAAAGACAGUUGCAGAUGAAAACCCAACAACAGUUUACCAAAGAAUAUGUAGAGACUGGUUCCCAGAACGAUGCAGCACUUUUGCAUCAAUGCCCACACAAAAGUGAAAUUCCCCAAUUAGAAACAGAGAUACAUUUAUCGGCAGAGAACUAUUCGAAGUUACCGCAGGUUAAUACAAUUUUAUCUAGUGACGUUGAACAGAGGUUGUUGCCACAACCAGUUUCUGAAGAAAUGGGAUUUGUUCCUAUCCAACCACUGCCAGUAUCCCUUUCUGAUUUCCCUAGUGAUUUAGCAUUAACUGAGUUUAAUUCUCUUGAACCGGAAGAACAUGGCACUCAGCCCUUAUUACAACAGACUCUAAUCACUAAUCAGGUGCAGUUAUCUCAUGCUCCAGAUGAGUUGAUGGUUGCAUCUCCUGCACAGCCGCUAACAGAGACACUUGAUGACAUUAUGGCAGGUUUUACACCACUUAUUCUGGCUGCAACUGCUGGUCAUGUUGGAGUAGUCGAAAUUCUUUUAGAUAAAGGUGCUGACAUUGAGGCCCAAUCUGAACGUACAAAGGAUACUCCUCUCUCUCUUGCAUGCUCUGGUGGCCGUCAAGAGGUGGUUGAAUUGCUUUUGGCUCGUGGUGCAAACAAGGAACAUAGAAAUGUUUCAGACUAUACACCCCUUAGCUUGGCUGCUUCUGGAGGAUAUGUUAACAUCAUCAAAAUUCUUCUGAGUGCUGGAGCUGAAAUAAACUCAAGAACAGGCAGUAAAUUAGGAAUUUCUCCACUAAUGUUGGCUGCAAUGAAUGGACAUGUUCCUGCUGUUAAACUGCUGCUUGAUAUGGGUUCUGACAUCAAUGCUCAAAUUGAAACUAAUAGAAAUACAGCUCUUACCUUAGCUUGUUUUCAAGGUAGAGCGGAAGUUGUGAGCCUUUUACUGGAUAGAAAAGCAAAUGUUGAGCACAGAGCAAAGACAGGUCUAACUCCUUUAAUGGAAGCUGCAUCAGGAGGUUAUGCAGAGGUUGGAAGAGUUCUCUUAGAUAAAGGAGCUGAUGUAAAUGCUCCUCCAGUGCCUUCAUCAAGAGAUACUGCUUUAACUAUUGCUGCUGACAAAGGUCAUUAUAAGUUCUGUGAGCUGCUUAUUAAUAGGGGUUCACAUAUUGAUGUACGCAAUAAGAAGGGAAACACACCAUUAUGGCUGGCAGCAAAUGGCGGUCACUUUGAUGUUGUGCAGUUGCUUGUGCAGGCUGGUGCUGAUGUAGAUGCUGCAGAUAAUCGAAAAAUUACUCCCUUAAUGUCAGCGUUUCGGAAGGCCCACCUUAAAGUGGUACAGUAUUUGGUAAAAGAAGUAAAUCAGUUUCCCUCUGAUAUUGAGUAUAGAUACAUUGCAACCAUCACUGAUAAGGACCUCUUGAAAAAAUGUCAUCAAUGUAUGGAAACAAUUGUGAAGGCAAAAGACCAGCAAGCUGCAGAAGCAAACAAGAAUGCAAGCAUCCUGCUCAAAGAACUUGAUUUGGAGAAGUCGAGAGAGGAAAGUCGAAAACAGGCACUAGCAGCAAAAAGAGAAAAACGCAAGGAGAAAAGAAAAAAGAAAAAGGAAGAGCAGAAAAAGAAACUUGAAGAUGAUGAAGAUAGUAAGCCAUUAGAGAUGUUUGGCCUUGAAGACGAUGGUGCAAAUUAUGAAGAUGUAGAGGAAGAUGUUCCAAUAGAGCCCCCUAGUGCAACUACAACUACGACGAUUGGUAUUUCAGCAACAUCUGCUACUUUUACAAAUGCAUUUGGAAAGAGAGCUAAUAUAGUAACAACUCCAAGCACAAACAGAAAAAAUAAGAAAAAUAAAACUAGAGACACCUCAACAAACAUGCAAAUAAUUAUGCAAGAUCCACAUAUGUCUCUAGCGCAACAAAAAGCAGAUAAAAAUAAAAUUAACGGAGAGCCAAGAGGUGGUGGUACAAGUGGAAACAGUGAUUCUGAUAACUUGGAUAGCAAUGAUUGCAAUAGUGAAAGCAGCACUGGUGAGAAAUCACAAGAUUUAUCCUAUAAUUCAGAUUUAAGUUCACCUGGGGAUAGAAGAUUUCCAUCCUUAUUAAUAUAUAGCCAUGAUGAAAAGAACAAUAUAUCGUUCCCAAAACUCUCAACAAGGCAUGAAAGUGAAUCCCCAUUUUCAAGUUACAAAAGUGUCUCUGCCCCACUUUUGUCACCAAAUGGAAAGAUUAAUCUAAGCAGCCCUAAAAGAGUCCCAAAAAGAGAAGAUGGAUGGAAAGAAGUUGUUAGACGAUCAAAGAAGCUUUCAGUACCGGCUUCUGUGGUAUCUAGGAUAAUGGGGAGAGGUGGAUGCAAUAUUACUGCUAUUCAGGAUGUUACGGGUGCCCAUAUUGAUGUAGACAAACAAAAGGACAAGAAUGGGGAGAGAAUGAUUACGAUAAGGGGAGGAACAGAGUCAACAAGAUAUGCUGUACAGCUUAUUAAUGCUCUUAUUCAAGAUCCAGCAAAGGAACUUGAGGAUUUAAUUCCUAGAAAUCAUAUUAGACACCCCAUCUCCAACAGUUCUAAAUUAAAUGCAAACUCAUCAACAGGAUCAAGCAUAGCAUCUUCAAACAAGGCCACUUGUGCUGUUGGUAGUUCCUUAGUAACAUCUUCACAGCCUACAGCUUUGCCUGCCUUUCAGACGCCUAACAGAUCAAGCAAGAGCAUCCCUACAAAUAUACGUACUCCCUUUCCUGUAUCUCUGCCUUUAUCAUAUUCUCAUCAACAUUUUGCCCUGUUAGCAGCUCAAACAGUGCAGCAAAUUCGACAUCCUCGCUUGCAAAUGGCACCUUUUGGAGGACCCUUCAAUUCAACACCAAGUACUUGGGGACCUUUUCCUGUAAGGCCAGUUAGCCCUGGUAGUGCAAAUAGUUCACCAAAACAUAAUGGCAAUGUCCGUUCAACUAACCACAUUUGUAAUUUGGUACAUCCUGAAAGUACUUUAACCUCUGUAAGCAGUCCUUUGUCCACACCCCCAUUAGGUACAGCUACUCAGAAGCUAUGCAUGACUAAUAGUUCUUCAUCUGUUAGAAAACAACUAUUUACAUGCAGUCCUAAAGCCACCACUAUGGCUUCUGUAUCUCCAACUGUAACAAGUAUGUGUACAACGUCUUCAGUUUCCUCCACUACUGUAUACAGUGGGGAAAUACCCAGUGCACUUUCAGAUACAGCACAAACAGAGCACUUUGUUUUAAAUAAAAAUGAAACUUUCUCAAUGCCCAAAGAAAAUGUGUUUUUAGACCAGUCAACUGAAAUGUUUUCAUUGUCAUCUGCAAUUAAUACACGGAAUCAUUCUACAAGUGGUAAUAACAUAAUGGUUCCAAACCAGUCAUGUUCAAGCCCUGCUAAAAGUAAUAUAAAGGAAAGUAGUGUUUCAGAAAAAAAUCAGCCUUUGUCAAAUACUUUCAUGUCUAGCAUGGAGUCUACUCAAGUUUCUGCAGCAUCUAGACAGAUUUUACAAGGAGGUGCAGAGCCUCAGGACAAUUGCGGCAUUUCACAAAUAUCUGCAACUGUUACACCUGGAACUCCUAGGAUUCAACAUAAAGGUGCUUUCUAUUCUGUGGUUCCCACCACAGCACUGCAGCACAAUACUCAUUCUGUUUUUGUUAUGGAUCCAAAUUCACCUCAAGAUUCACACAAGCUGCUAAAUCAUACCCAGUCAGUACCAUUAACACCUGUUAUGCCUAAUUCACAAAUGCAUCACAAUUCAACCAGUAAGCAAUUACCUCCUUCAUUUGGACCAGCACUACUCAGUCAGUUUACAAACCUGUUUGAUAGUCAGGUAUCAUGCAGUCAGAGUUGGGGAGGAUGCCCAUCACGAACAACUGAUCCAGAUUUCAGUCCUCACUCUGCUUACCAUAGUAACUCAAUGAUUGGACAUUUAGAAAAUCCACUUUCUUCAGAUGGCUCCAAGACUCCAGGCUUCAGACAUUCAUCACAAAGAGUAUCUUCCGGUGCAAUAGUAGUAUCUUCUUUGGAUGGUUCACCCACUUGUGCAACGUCCAUUUCAGCUCCACUGGCCAGUUUCUCAACGAACAUCCAUGCAAAUCAAGUUUUUUUGCAAGGACCUACAGCUGUUGGUGCUCCCAGUUUCAGUCGGCAGCAUUUUUCUCCACAUCCUUGGACCAAUACAUCAAACUGUCCAAAUUCAUGCGAGACUCCGUCUACAUCUGUUUCUUCUGAUUCAUCGUCACACUUAUUGGCUGUUUCAACAUCUUCAUCAAAUGGUCAUCUGCAAACUGGCUGUUUAGCACAUGAUCGAAAAAUGCCACCUCCCAUUGGGACAGAAAGACUAGCACGGAUUCGACAAGGUUGUACGGUAACACCUGCCUCGCUGGGAAACAGCUUUUCCGCCCCUGUGGGACAUGCUGGCAUAUGGUCAUUUGGUGUAAACAGUGGCUCAGAAGGUUUUUCAGGUUGGUCCCAGCCAGUCAUUGGUAAUCAUGCCAUACAUCACCCUCUGCCAGAGACGGUUGCAUUUUCUCAACACCAACAAAUGGAGAGGGAUGAUUCUGGAAUAUUGAAUCCUUCCAACAUAUUCCACCAACCAAUACCCAGCAACUUUGUUGAUUUUUCCAAAGGUCUGCCAAUUUCUAUGUAUGGUGGAACUAUGAUACCUUCCCAUCCUCAACUAGCUGAUGGUCCUGGAAGUGCACUCUUCAAUGGAUUGCAUGCGCCAGAUGCUGCUUGGAGUCCAAUGAUAAAGGUUUUACCUAAUUCAGGAGAAUGCUCUGAUUCACAGAAGAUAUGGCCAGGAACAUGGGCACCCCACAUUGGAAAUGUUCAUUUGAAAUAUGUAAAUUGAAUUGGAGGAUACAGUUCUUCACAAGACGUUGGAUACUUGAGAGAGCCCCAGGAAUUUUUUUUUUCUGUGAACCUAAUUAUCCAUAUUUUAAAGUUGGAUUUUAUUUCAAUUAAAAUCUGAUUUUCAAUCAUAUCCAAAAUUACUUGUAAAUUAUGAAAAUUCUCCUCUGAAGUUUAAUAUAACAAAACCUACUGCAGUACUUUAAGAAUAAAUAUACCAAUUUGCUGCAAAAAAUAUGGUUAUGUUGUUCCAUUUUUUCAAAGGGGUAAAACCGAAUAAUUGUUUACAAACAUGAAAACAUUUCCUGUCAUAUAGUGGUUCUACUUUACGUAGCCUGUCAAUGUGAACUAUUUACCCAAAUAUUCAAUAAAAAAAAAGUGCUCACAUUGAA